CAGUAGCAGAACAAGAAAGUGACAGGACCGGCACUGACCAGUCUGAGCUACUAACUGCUGGUUCACAAACGUAUAAUUGAAAACGUAAAGGUGAAAAAUUAAACAUGACAGCUUUUGAAGAAAUGGGCGUACUGCCUGAGAUAGCCAAGGCAGUUGAAGACAUGGAUUGGAUGUUGCCAACAGACGUUCAAGCUGAAGCGAUUCCCCUCAUUUUAGGAGGAGGAGAUGUCUUGAUGGCUGCAGAAACUGGUAGUGGUAAAACUGGUGCCUUCUGUUUACCAAUCCUUCAAACUGUAUGGGAAACUCUGAAGGAUAUCGAAUCUGGAAAAGCAACUACCUCCAAAGCCAGUCCACAGUCCUCCCCACACUGGACAAUGAGUUUAUUUGAUAGGGGCCGAGCACUUGCCGUUACUCCGGAUGGUUUGCGAUGUCAAAGUCGUGAACAACGAGAAUGGCAUGGCUGUCGUGCAACCAAAGGUGUCCAGGGUAGUGGGAAGUUUUAUUAUGAAGCUACUGUGACUGAUGAAGGUCUUUGUCGUGUCGGAUGGUCCAUGCCACAGGCAAACUUGGAUCUGGGAACCGAUAAGUUUGGAUUUGGUUUUGGUGGAACCGGUAAGAAGUCGAAUGCCAAGCAGUUUGAUAAUUAUGGAGAGCCGUUUGGAAUGCAUGAUGUGAUUGGCUGCCUGUUAGAUUUGACCAAUGCAGAAAUUCGUUUUACUAAAAAUGGCGUUGAUUUGGGUCAAGCGUUUUCUUUGAAUGCGCAACAAAAAUCUUCCAUAUUCUUCCCUGCGGUUGUGUUAAAAAAUGCUGAAAUGGCAUUCAACUUUGGAGCUCAACCCUUCAAACACUCGCCACCCGAAGGCUACAUCGCUGUUUCCGCUGCUCCAAAGUCUUGCACUCGAGACAAUACUGUUUCCGGAAGUAGCCAAAGUGGUGUCGAUAAUUUGAAACCAUCCAACAAUGCUCCACAGACCAUAAUCAUUGAACCGUCUCGUGAAUUGGCUGAGCAAACUUUCAAUCAGAUACAAAAGUUUAAGAAACAUUUGGACAAUCCAAAAGUACGGGAGCUCCUGUUGAUUGGAGGAGUAAAUGUCAAGGAACAGAUUUCCGCAUUGAAUUCGGGGAUUGAUAUUGUUGUGGGAACACCUGGCCGAUUAGAAGACCUAAUACAAGGUGGCUACUUGUCCUUGACUCAUUGCAGAUUCUUCGUGCUCGAUGAAGCUGAUGGCUUAUUAAAGCAAGGAUACACCGAGCUGAUUGAUAGACUGCAUCGACAAAUUCCAAAAAUUACGUGUGAUGGUAGAAGAUUGCAGAUGAUUGUCUGUUCAGCCACUUUACACGCCUUUGAAGUUAAAAAACUUGCGGAUCGUUUGAUGCACUUCCCAACUUGGGUUGACCUCAAGGGUGAAGAUGCAGUUCCAGAGACAGUGCAUCAUGUUGUAGUCAUGGUGGACCCCCAAAAAGACAAAUCCUGGCAGUCGUUGAGAACACACAUUCGCACAGAUGGAGUACAUUACAGGGAUAAUGUCAAACCAGGAAAUAAUACCGCAGAGGCACUUUCCGAAGCUGUUAAAACUUUAAAAGGAGAAUACUGUGUCAGGGCCAUAAGAGAGCACAAGAUGGACCGUGCUAUUAUUUUCUGCAGGACUAAAAUUGAUUGUGAUAAUUUGGAGUCUUAUUUGAAGAGUAUUGGCAGUAGUGAGUUUACAUGUGUAUGUCUUCACGGCGAUCGUAAACCACAAGAGCGAAAAGCGAACUUGGAAAAAUUCAAGCGUCAAGAAGUGAAGUUUUUAAUUUGUACAGACGUCGCUGCCAGAGGAUUAGACAUUACCGGUCUGCCUUUCAUGAUCAACAUCACCCUACCAGACGAAAAAUCAAAUUACGUACACCGAAUCGGCAGAGUUGGUAGAGCGGAACGAAUGGGUUUGGCUAUUUCUUUGGUAAGCAGCGUACCGGAAAAAGUCUGGUAUCACGGUGAAUGGUGUUCCUCCAGAGGCAGGAAUUGCAGCAACACAAAUCUAACUGAUCAAGGUGGCUGCUGUAUCUGGUAUAACGAGCCAAGAUACUUAGGAGAAAUUGAAGAUCAUUUGAAUGUGACAAUUCAGCAAGUAGGUCCAGAUAUCAAGGUUCCUUUGAACGAGUUCGACGGUAAAGUUACUUACGGAGAAAAGAAGGUUAAUAGCGGAACUGGAUACCAAAACCAUGUGGCCCAAAUGGCUCCAGCCGUAUCCCAAUUGGCAGCACUGGAAUCGAAAGCACAGCUUAUUUAUUUGAAGAGGCAUAUGAGUGUUGGAAAAUCGGUUUAGGACGUCUGGAAUCUGAUUAUCAAGUAAUUCGAAGUCCCCAUGGGUUGCCUUUGCCAGCGUGUACAGGAAACUGCCUAUACUAUUCUGUUUACUCUGCAAAAAUUGUAUCAGUGUUGCACUAGUUUUAAAAAUUUUAGUUUCAUCCACCACAUAACUGUAAUUCAUUAUUUUCCAAGAUAACCAGUUUGUUUCAUAACUUAAACCUGAGUACUUUUCCGAUUUAUCUAAUCUGUAAAACGUAAAUAUGUUGGAUAUACACGCCAUUGUGUACAAAUAAAAUGAAUAAAGUCCCAAGUGACGUAAUAAAAUCU